UUUUCGAGACAGGGUUUCUCUGUGUAGCUUUGGAACCUAUCCUGGGAGUCCAGGCUGGCCUCGAACUCACAGAGAUCCUCCCGCCUCUGCCUCCCGAGUGCUGGGAUUAAAGGCGAGCGCCACCAAGGCCGGGCCUAGGCUUAUUUUCUUAAAGGAAGGCAUCCCUGGGAUUGUGAUCUGGUGGACAAGAGUUCAGAUGCCUGAAAAGCCGCUCCGCAACGGAAGCGGAUUUGGUGGCCGGACAUGGCUACAGAAAGAGACUUGUUCGUGUCAGAAACUCUGGACAUCUUCAAGGGAUCAUAAUAGUUGAAAAAACACAGAUAAGUGAACAGUACUUUCCGGAAGUCCAGAAGUUUACUGUGCUCGACCUUGGGAUGGUGUUGCUCCCGGUGGCCAGCCAGUUGGAAGCAUCCUGCCUCAUUAACCAGCUGGUUCAAGAGCAAACCAGGGAGCCCAGCAGGAACCCUUUCCUCAGGAAGAAGCGGUGUGCGCUCUCCGAGCCGUCCCUUGUUCAGACUGUGCAGCAGAUCCCCGGGGUUGGCAAAGUCAAGGCUCCACUUCUGCUGCAGAAGUUUCCAACGAUCCAGCAACUGAGCAACGCUUCCGUCCAAGAACUGGAGGAGGUCGUGGGACCCGCGGUGGCACAGCAAAUCCACAGCUUCUUCGCCGGACCUCACUGACCCCAGCCCUGCUGCAGCCAGCCUCUCCUCCUUUAGACUGCCAACCACAGCGUCUGCUCUUCAUACUUAAAAAGGAAGAAGAAAAAAAAAAGCCGUUCUCUCAGUGGCAACAUGGAGCUCCCAAGUCACCCUGCCUUGUCUGUCAGGACAGUGACUUUGUGGGCCUUGGGGCUGUGGUGGCACUACCCACUUUCUGCUGAGAUGAAAAGGGUCCCGUGGCGAUCACCCAAAGGGUGUCAGACUGAUUGCAGCAGCAGCCAGCCGGAGGAGGUCUGUACCGCCCCUUCCCUGCCUCUGCCACUGAUUGAGAGGUCCUGGGCAGCUCCAGGCACUGCAGGAGAGGAGCUGGCACUGGUAGGGAGUGCCCCUGUUUCCAGUGUCAAGGCCACAGCUCAGGUCUUCUCUGCUCACAUCAGGUACCUGCGUUCUGGAGUCGCUGCCAGUGUAAGCAAACACCUCUCUUCCUUCCUUCACACCCCCCCCCUCAACACAAUAAAAAUAUUUUGUGCCUCAGA